UUAUAAUACUUUUAUUUAUUUCACGUUUCAAAGAUUUAAAAAAGUCUUAAUUUUACAGCUGCCUUUAUAUUUGUAAAUCGGCUUAGUGUAUAUAAUUAUAGUAGCCGCAGUAGUUACAUUAUAACCUCUCGCCCGUGAUACCUCUCUUGCCAUACCAUUUGUGAGGACUAAGUUGUCAGCCUCAGUUCUCAUCCUGUAAUUUAACUGCUAUGCUACGUCAUACUCUAACUACAACUAUUUUUUUUAUUCUAAAUAUACGAUACUAUGUCUUUAUACUGAAUAUGUCUCUUGUAGUUGUAUAGUUAAUAUUGUAUCUCAUUACAAAAGACGUCUUCCAAGACUCGCAAUUGGAAAAUUGGCCAAUUGCAUUUUGUUUCCUGAGCACAAUGUACAAAAAUGGAGAACAGUUUCAAUUCGCUCAAUUCACGAAAUUGUAUCUGCCAUAAGAUAAUAGAUAAUUACUGUAAUAAUAAUAUUAGACUCCAUACCCAGUAGACUAUUACUGUGGUCUACUGGGUAUGGAGUUUUAUUUUAUGUCUUCUUAAAUUAUCUCUUACACUGAUAUGUUUUCAUGUGCUCCACACAUCAGUUACUACGAUAUCCUGAAAAUGUAAAACGGUAAUGUCAUACAUUACCUGUCAUGAAUUUUACUACAUUUUAUACUCCAUAAUGAUCAAAGCAAUUCAUUUUGUAGUAUGUUAUAAGCUAUUAAAAAUGUUUAAUGUUUAAUCCUAGAUUACCAUAUUUUAAAGGUUAUUUAAAAUUACUUAGCGAAUUGUAAAAAAAUUCAAUGAAGGUACUUUUGUAAACGAAUGUACAAAAUUAUUUCUACUUAACUGACUCCGGUAGCUCAAUUGGCUCAGGAGAAACAGAAAGAGGUCCGUUUUAUAUACGUGUAGGAGUGGUAUAAUAUUUUCUGACGUUAGUUGAUUUCUGUCAAAUUAUAUGUUAGAAAAAUGUGGAUUUUAUUUUUGUUUGUGAGCGUCGUGUCAUCUGUUCCAGCAGAUGAAUAUCGAAGUUUAGUUAAUGAAGGAGAAAUUACUUACAAUGAUGACUUAUAUCUUAAACAUAUAAUUCCAUCGGGUUACUCGCCCCAAAAAAUAAAAGAACACUCCACAAUUGAGAUAACUGAUUUCAUUGAUAAGGAUAAUAUAAACUAUCAAUUGCUUAUGGAAUAUAUAAAUAAAGGUUUUACAAUGAAAGGCAUAACAUUCAAUAUAUACGAUGAUAACACAAGAAAAGCAACAAUUGCUCUUUUCGAAAUGCUACAAGAUGUUAAAAAACAUGAUAUUCCUUUUGUGAUGGAUUGGGUACAAAGCAACAUUAAUGAACACAUGUAUGAAUAUGUGUUACGUCUUUUUACACUGUACGGAAAUCAUGUGGUUGAAAAAUUACUACCGCCAUUUAUUUAUAAACCUCAUUACUUUGUAAAUAGUGAGACAAUUGCAAAAGCCUAUAGAAUAAAAGCCAAUAAAGGACAAAUUGAUAGUCAAGAAGCGACAAUUUAUCAAAUUUAUAAAAAUAAAGAUGAUAUUGUAUACAUCAAUACUAAUUAUUCUGGUUGGAAUUUACAACAAGAUACAUGUGAUUUGCAAGUUAAUUAUUUCAGAGAAGAUAUAGCAUUGAACAGUUAUUACUAUGGGGUACAUUUGGCACAUCCAUUCUGGAUGCCUAAUGAUUAUUUGGAUUCAAUUAAUCCAAGACAUGCAGAACAUUACCACUAUAAACAUCAACAAUUAUUAGCCCGCUAUCUUCUUGAAAAGGAACAUUUGACAAAUAUGAAUAUUACACUAUAUCCUCAAUGCGGAGGUGAUUACUACCCAUUCUUAUCGUAUGAAAAUGGUCUUAAUUUUCCCACUCGAUCUUCUGUUCACAAAAUAUCAAACGAAUAUAAAGUUGCACUGAAAUCUAUAGACAUCGCUUUGAAGGAAUUCAUUUCAAGACGUUUGGUGAUAAUGGAUAAUGGUACACUAAUAAAAAUGACAGAAGAGAAUUAUAUAUCGCUAUUAUCAAAAUUGAUUCGAGCAAAUCUGGAUGGACUUAAAGCUGCAAAAAUGAUAAGAAACAUUUACGGAUACAGCUAUAGUUAUCCCAUGAAUCUGUAUAACCCGGCACCUUCAGUACUGCAUCAUCCCGAAACUUCAUUACGAGAUCCAGUUUAUUGGAAUAUGAUGGAACGUGCUUUAAAUUAUACUAAAGAUUUUACAAACACCAUAGAGCCAUUUGACAUUUCCGAUUAUGAAAUGGACAGUUUGUCUAUAACUCAAAAUGAUUUCUCAAGGAUUGCUACUUACUUCGAUUAUUACCAAUUCAAUAUUAAUAAAGCCUUAAGUACCGGAGAUAGUUAUACACAAUCAUCGCCCAUUAUAGCAGCAAGACAAAUGAGAUUAAACUAUACACCUUUUAAAUUAAAUUUUACCGUGUCAUCUGAAAUACAACAAACCGUUGUAGUUAGGUUAUUCUUGGGUCCACAUUGUCAUUAUAGUAUUUGCUUUAACAAUUACUACAAAUUUUUUGAGCUUGAUUCCUAUAUUGUUAAAAUAGAUGAAGGCACAAAUAUUAUUAGCUGGUCUCCACUAACAUCUUUAAAAUUUUCAUUUGACGAGUAUUAUAAUAUGGAAACAAAGAAAACAAAGGAAAACAAAUUUAAUCUGUUUAAAUUUCCAGGAAGUCUUAUUAUACCUAAAGGAUUGGAGGAAGGUCUUAAUGUUACUUUGUUUAUUAUUAUAACACCAGCAGAUCAAUCGUCAAGUAGUUUUGAAAAUAAUAAAUAUAAUAAUCAAGCUUGUCCUAAAGUAGACGGAAAACCUCUUGGAUUUCCAUUCCACAGAAUUGCUACAAAAUAUAAUCACAAUGCAAAUAAUUACAGAUUUUAUAAUGUUUCUAUAUAUCAUAAAAAACGUACCGUCAAUGCAAGUGGAUAUUUUUCGUCACAUUUAUAUUAAUUAACCAAUGAAUAGCGUGAUAAUUAAUUAAUUUUAUAUAUAAUAAAUAUAUAUAUUAAUAUUCCAAAUAUAAUAAAUCCUACACAGGUUAUGUCAUAAUACUAAAUUAAUAAAAUAAUGUCACAUUGUGCAAUAAGUCGCAAGGAUGGGUACCUCUAUCUGAGGACACUCAUAACUUUAACAUUUUGAAAUAAUUAUAUUAUUUUAGCUACUCUAAUUAGUAUUACAAAACUAUUAAUUAAAAAACAAACUAGAACAUGCUUGGUUAGUACCAAGCAUGUUCUAGUUUGUUAAACUGUUCCAACACUAUAUUUA